GUCACCAAAAUUUGCAGAAAGUCGGUUUACGGCCCAAUGGACUAGCACCAAGCCCAUUUUCUUGUCAAGCAUUCCGAGCCCAAAAUCCUUGCCGUUGGGAAGAAGAGCAGGAAGUUCCUCAUAAGCCACGUCUCGUCGCAGUUUCAGGGAAGACGAGGAAAAUCUACCAUCGUUCGUCAGGCAGACGCCAAAUCGUAGGAGGUGAAGAUUGAUAUUCAGAAUCAGCGAGGAGCAGAGUGAUGGGAUCGACGGCGGCAGCAUCAGGAGGACCUCCGUAUCCGAGUGCCGCCAGGAUAUCCGAUUCUCAGUGCUUUCCUCAGUACACCGCUUCUCUCAAGUGCCUGGAACAGUUUAGCACAGACAAGAGCAAAUGUCAGGAACAUUUUGAUGUCUACAAAGAAUGCAAGAAAAAGGAGAGGGAAGCUCGGCUAGAACGCAACAAGACCCGGUCUUUCUUUUCUUAAGGGAACUGUCAAACUACUGCACAAUUCGUUUGUGGUUACUCCGUUGUGUGUGACAAAGAUAGCGUCUUAGCGAGUAUGAACUCUCUAGUAGAGGUGUGAACCAGGUUACCAUACGGCUCUACAAGCAAUAUAAGAUCUUUUCGUGCCUUUCGGCAUAGAGCGGGUGAAUCUCGAUACUUUCAGUCAUGUUUGUAUGUACAUUAUUGCAAACAUGGGGUUGCACUUUGUUUAGGAAAAAAAGAGAGCCUGCUGUUCGAGAAUAAUGAGCCGUGGUGCUCUGUAUCCUAAUGUUUGGAGAAGGUGAACAAGGUUCAAACUAUGGCUUUUUGGCCUCUGCACACAAUAGUUGCAUCGUUUAGCAUUGCAUUUCUUCUCCCUGUUCCAGUAAUCCUAUCAGUUCAAUCAUACCAGCGAAGAUACCCACGGCAUAUUAACGCAGCAUUUCGAAGCAAUGUAGGCUGAAUAUAAAGCUAUUGUGAUA